AUGCCUGGCCCAUUAUAUCGAGACCCCUGGGGUGCGCGCGAAGCUUGGCGCAAAUCACCCAUCUUUUCCAACCGCGCCAUGUUCAGAAAUAUCCUCCCAGGCUUCGGCACAGCAGUCAUCGCCUUUUCGGCAUAUGUGAUUUACGACGAAUUGAUCGCUAAGAAGUCGGCACAUGGGCAUGGGGCGGCACACGGGUCGGGGCAUGGUGAGGGGUCGGCGGCGCACUAG